UUGAAUAUGGAUUAAAAUUAGUAAUAAUUAUUAUGUAAUUUUUUUUUUUAAUUUGAAAAAUAAUUAUUUUCUUUUUUCGAUCAAACGAAAUUCUCGAUUACUAACAUAUACAUACUCGUUCUCAUGGACUCAUUGUAAUAUUCAUUGAACUUUCGAACUUUUAAUGAUCGCGACACAAAUGUCAACAAUAAAAAUUAUUAUAUUUAUAUUGGCCGAUCGAUGAGAAAAAAAAAGAAGAAAUUAAUAUUAUAUAUACGUAUACAUAUUUUUUUAUUGUUGUUGUUGUCAUUCGCGUAAAUUGUUUUAUUCGAUUGCUAAAGAUAACGAUAAAUAAGAUACAAUUAAAACAGCAUGUGACUAGAGAUGAUAAAUCAGCGAGAUUAAAUAAAAUCUAAUCGUUCUCUCUCUCUUUCUCUCUCUCUCUCUCUCUCUUUCUCUCUCUCUCUUUGUCUGUCUAUUUUAUAAUACAUACGGGUAAAACGUGAUAGUUCAUCUUAUUCUAUUGAAAGUCUUACAAAUCUUACAAUUAAAAUUUGCAAGGUAAAACGAAGAGGAUAUUUGAGAUAUCAUGAAUGGAAACGCUUUAUCGAUGGAUGUUAAGAUGGAAUGGAAGAACAACGAGGAGAUGAAGAAACGCGAGAGAAGUGGAGUGAUUUAUCAGAUAUUAAUGAGCCUUAGCGCAAACGUUGUGGUACUUGGACCAGCUAUGGGAUUUGGUUAUAGUGCAGUAGCACUUGGACCACUGAUGUCUCUUUCCAGUGAAGUGAAGAUCGAUUUUAAUCAAGCGAACUGGAUCGCUACCGCAUCUGCUUUGGGUAUUCCGGUUGGUUGCGUUCUAUCGAGUAUUUUGAUGAGAUGGGGUAGAAAGUUAACUUUAUUCAUCGUUUCGAUCGUUUCUUUCAUCGGUUGGAUAAUCAUUUACAUGUCUAACAGCUACGAAGAGAUAUUCAUAGGUAGAGUAAUUUCUGGGAUCGGUACAGGCCUAGCUUCUGUUCCAACGACCGUUUAUUCUGGUGAAAUUGCUAAUGUCAAAUGGCGAGGUACUAUGGUUACUUGGACUGGAAUCUCCAUUGCUUUGGCCCUUUUGAUCGUUUAUGUUUUCGGCUGUAUAUUUAAGGAUGAUUGGCGAAUGAUAGCUCUGAUGUGUGCUAUAUUUCCUAUUAUCUCGAUUGUACUAAUCCUGUUAGUAUUACCAGAAUCUCCUAUGUGGUUACGAGAACGUGGCCGUUUGGAUGAAGCAUUGGAGACAUUAAAAAAAUUUCGUGGUAUACCAAAGGAUGAUCCAGUGACCAUGGAUAUUCUUUUAGAAUUUAAACCAAGAAAUCAACAAGGAAAUAAUAAUAAGAAAUUAUUAAAUAACGUAUUCAAGAGGAACGCUCUUAUACCAUUUAUAAUAAUGUUGAUGUACUUUUUAUUUCAACAAUUUUCCGGUAUAUUCGUCAUGAUCUAUUACGCGAUAGAUAUAGUUCGAAGCGCUGGUAUUACUUUAGAUCCAUAUAUAGGAGCAGUUUUUAUUGGAUUAGCACGAUUGUUCGGUAGUGUCUUAAUUGCAAUAUUUUCUUCAAAGCACGGCCGAAGAAUUCCUUCUAUAGUUUCUGGUAGUGGUAUGACUGUCUUCAUGAUUUUACUCUCAAUUUAUUUGUUCGUUAUCGAUAAAGGAUACGUCAUAAAUGAUAACGGUAUAAUACCGGCUAUUUGUAUUGUAAUGUAUAUAUUUUUAAGCACCUUAGGAUUUUUAUCGAUUCCAUUUGCUAUGAUCGGUGAAAUUUAUCCUAGUAAAGUGAAGGAUCUAUUUUCUGGACUUACUACUUGCAUCACUUACAUAUUCAGUUCGAUAACGGUUAAAACUUAUCCUAAUAUGUUGUCAUAUAUGGGGAAACAUGGUGUCUUUUUUUUUUAUGCGAUCGUCUCUUUAGCUGGAACAAUUUUUAUUCUAUUAUUUUUACCCGAGACCAAAGGGAAAUCAUUGAACGAGAUCGAGGAUAUGUUUGGAAAGAAAAAGAAUAAAAAUAUUUCGAAAAUAAAUGAUACAAUCGUAAUAUUCUCCAACGAUAUUGAAAAUAUAUCAGUAGAAAAUGAUGAAAAAAGUAAGACUUAGAUCCCAAUU